AUGGAAAUGGAUGUUCAUUUACAAGCACUGCCAACCAAAUGCCCUGCUGUGUGUGACUUUCAUAAUGGAGAAUCUGAUUGUAAUUUUGCAAACACUUUUUAUGUUUAUGAAUGUGACAUAGAUAUCUUGAGUCAUCUAUAUUCUCUACAAAGUGCGGAAAUAAUAGACAAGCAUGUAUAUGAUGCUCACGUAUGUCCUGAGUAUAUAUUAAUAUUAUAUCGAAGUGGAUAUUUCACGGUUGAUAAAACCAUUCUUUCAAUGAGAAUAUGUAUAAAGCACCGUGAAGAGUUGGGGGCACGAUGGAAAAGACCCAAGAGAACCUGUUUCUAUCCUGGUCAUCAGGGAAACAUGAAAGCAGACAGAGAAGCCAGUCCUACAAUUUGUAAAGAACUGUGGUUAAAUACAAGACAAAUAUUACCAGUAGUUUCAGCAAUUUGCAAGAGGUGCUCAAUGGAGCAUAAGAAGAAUGUUUCUCCCUCUUACAAUGUACAGUUUGUGGAAGAACUUGAUUGGUGUGAACAAAUUUGUAGGACUUGCCAUAGAGACUUGAAAAGAGCUUUAGAAAGCAAUCAUGGAUUGAAAGGAACUAAAGCUUGUGUUGUCUCCAUUGACAAUGCAGAGGAACCAAAAAUAAAAUCCAAAAUCCCCCAGAUUAGCCUUCUGAACAACUUCAUAUUUAAUGUGGAUUCAGUAAUUAUGAGAAAGGCAUACCAGGUUUUAGAAGAAUUUCCGUCCCAUGCAGUUGAUACUGGACAAGUUUGUAUGAGAAAAAGAAACUCUAACAACAGAAAUGAAGCUGUCAGUGUGCAGGACCAGGAUCAGAAACAACUGUUCGAUGAAUUGUAUUCAUGUCCAGAUCCCUCUUGUCAGAAACAGUAUGUAAGGUCUGCCAAUCUCGAGAAACAUCUCGCUCUGGGAAACCGCCUUUACAGAAAAGCAGAGGAAACUGCGAUUGAUUAUGGCAUUAAAAUCUGA